UCAUCAGGCUAUUUUCACCCUAUGCAUCCGACUUAUUCCCGAAGUAGCUACGGCGAAUAGCAAUUCUUCACCUCCAUAUCGGUCUCUAUCUUCAGUCUGUGAAAAAGUAGACUUUGAGAUUCUUGAUGAUUCAAGUAUUGGAUGUAACUCAGAAAGCCUUGAACAAGCAGCCACGUCUUCACUGUCAUCUAUAUAUAGUGCAAACAAUACAGACAGUAAUAUAAACUUAUAUGAUAAUUCAUAUGAUCUCCAAUUUGAUAAAACGGCAAUAAAGAUGGCUAAAGCAUAUGCCAGUUUAUCAUCAAAAACAAUACAAGAACAUGUUAGAGAAAUUGAUAUAAAUUGGUUGGCACAAGAUCUUGAUUCAACAUCUAAUAGAGAAUCAUUGUGGGAAGCAACCACCAACUAUGAAAAUGAAUUGAAUAUUAAACUUAAUUCUGGUGAUAUUAAACAUUUGAAUAGGACAUGCAUUAUAGUAGAUAAUUCUAAUGAAACAAUAUGA